AAUAAAUAAGUAAUUAAUUGUAACCAUGCCGAACGUAUUAGUUAAGCCUAAAGGCCCAUAUGAGCUUAAUAAGCGAUUUCGGCAUAUGGAAGAACGUCAAAUGGAAUGGAAUCGUCACCAGUUCAGGAAUCAAAAGAAAAAAACAUAAAUGGCGUUUACUUAAAUUACUUUCUUAUUAUUUUGCAUUUUACAUAUUCUUAGCUGCUUUUUCAAUUGGUUAUUUUAUAUUUCUUGUAAGGCUUCUCAUACCUGCUAACCAUCCACGUCUGCCAAAGGGAACAGGACUAUCCUCCGUACCAGGACAUUUUGUGGGAAAUGUGAAAUUAAUACGUUACAAGGAGAAUCAAAUAAAGGAAUUAAGUCCAUAUGUUGAGCAACUCGACAAAUUUGUUGCAAAAUAUGGCACAGAAGGAAUGCGUCAUUUGAGAUCGUGCAAUUUGGAUAAUUAUUGGGGAUACGAUUCUGGACUUCCAUGCAUUUUACUAAAACUCAAUUUUGCUCUUAAUUUCGUAGCUGUUACCUAUGACGAUUCAAUAACACUUCCCAAACAGGUGCCCAACGAUCUAUAUGAUUACAUUCUGGAAUUGUCAGAGGAACAUCGCACAAAUCGCAUUUGGGUAGCCUGUAAUUUCAUGGAUAACCAAACUAUAGCGGAUAUCGAAUAUGUUCCCUAUCGCUAUUACGAUUCGGAUGGAUUAUUUUUAAAGAGCAAUUCGUUUAUACGCUCAAUCUCUGAGAAUUUAACCGAUGAAGUUACGAAAGAGGAUCCAGCAUACCGUCGAGUUAUUGGCGUUCAAUUUCAUAAUCUUCCAGUUAAUCAGGAUGUUUAUGUAAAAUGCCAAGUGUGGGCGAAAAAUAUUCCUCUAAGAUUCGCAACGACUGUAUUUGUACUACAUGUGGAAGCACUGAAAAUUGAAGAGAAAGUGGAGGACGAUUAUUCAUUAUAAAUCAAAGUAAACAUAGCACAUACAUAUGUAUAUAGAAAUUGAAACUAAACGCAAACAUUAUCAAAAAUAUAUUUCAGUCCUAUUUGUGCAUAUCUACAUAUUAUAUAUUUUCCUGAAUCAAGUAAAAUAUGCCAGAAGACCAUAUAAUACCCGCUGGAGACUACAGAAUCCGCAAGAGAUUUCGGAACGAGGAGAUCAUACGUCGCAAGAGAGACAUGCCCUGGAGUAAAAAAAGUCUUGGACCUAGACCACAAUAGACUUUUUGGACGUACAGCUUGGGGAUGGUGCAGAAUUAUUGGAUUUUACCUUGUGCGCCUGGUGUUUCAAUAGUGCCCACAGGAAUGAGUACAAUAGAUUUUCACCCACAUGACGAAACGGAAAUCGAUCCCAUAGCCGACAAUAUAGAUCGAUUUUUUAAUAAAGUCGAAGCAAGUGGACGGAGUAAAAAUGUUUUCGAUGCGUGCAACAGGGACAAAACAUGGGGUUAUUAUACGAAAGAACCUUGUGUGUUCGUUAAAUUGAACAAAGUGUAUGGAUUCGAGCCAGAAACUUAUGAAUCAGAAUCGGAGCUACCCAAAGAUAGUCCCAGUGAAAUAGCAGAUUUAAUGGCCCAAUAUGGUGGUUUUGCAAAAAUUUGGUUAACAUGCGAUGCGACUGAUGAGGAAAACUCGCCAUCAAUCAACUAUAUACCCUAUCCAUAUUUUGAUACAAGCACCGAUAUGAAAGGUUUAAAUCGUGUGGUCGCCUUACAAUUAAGCGAAAUGCCUACAAACGAAGAUAUAACCAUCAUCUGCAAAGUAUGGGCUAAAAAUAUUCGCAUUGAUAUGGAAUAUCGGGGUACUGGUCAUACAAGAUUCUCGAUUAAGGUGCGUGGAAAGGCGUAGCUCUAUUACAAAGUUUGGGUUUAGAUUAUUUACAAAAUUAUAUUCAGCAUAAGGAAAAAUAAAAUUAUUCUCCCUUCACAGGAUUAA